UUCUGAUGCUAAUGCUGAUGGAUAUUCUUUUGUACGUGUGUAAAUCAGAUUCGAAUUAUUAUAAAUGCAAAAAAAUUUGGUGUUGAGAAAUGCCCGAAAUAUGAAAUAGUGUAGUGAGUUCACUGGUAUGAAGCAGUUCGGUAUCUUUAGAUUUUGAAAUAUUAGUUGUAUAUCGAUUUUGUAGUUGUAACAAAGUAUUAGAAUUAUCCUGAAAAUACAGAAAUUUAAGUAGACUAAAGACUAAAAAUGUGGAUAAAAAAUGUGUUCAUCUUUACAAUACUGACAAUAGCGAUAGGGGAUGGAGUCACAUCUUUGGUAUGUCCACCACCAAAGGAUUCGAACGACCCCACUUGCGACGAUUACAUGUGUGAACUAUUCACGUCCUUUCAACAGAAUAGUACGUGGGCUUUAAAAAUGCUGGAUUCAAUGUCCAAGAUUCCACCCGGUAUUUUGGAUGGGAACUUGCAAGGCCUCGGAGCUUUCGACGAAUGCGUUGAGAUCGAAGGACAGAGCGAACGUUUGGGUGCAAUUUACGGAAAAUAUUGCUUGGGAAAGGUCACGGUACAAAAUAUUCCACUGAGCUUUGCAGUAUGCGUACCACAUAAAUGCAGUGCAGACAAUUUGAGUCCUUUUGUGAAGAAAUACGUAAAAGGUGUUGAUGAUGUCCAAUUUACUGACGAUUUUUGCCAGAGCAUCGAAACCCAACCUGAUUACACCCUAGGUGACUACUUAGCAAUUGCAUUUUUCGCUUUUAUUCAAUUUCUCAUCAUUGUCUCAACAAUCUACGACUUGGUGCACGUUCAUUUUGGAUUAGUGCCAAAGUACGAAAUUCUUUUGGCUUACUCCGUUUGGACGAACUGGAAGAAACUCUUCGCCGUUCAUAAAAACAAGAAUGACGAUCAUUUGGAUUGCUUGGCUGGGAUCAGGACUAUCAGCAUGAUGUGGAUUAUCCUUGGACAUGGAUACAGUACUAAAAGUCUAGGUGGAAUCAGCAAUGCGGCGUUUGUAAACACUUGGUACAAUGAACCAUCCACCAUGUAUAUAGCAAGUGCAACUGUUUCUGUAGAUUCCUUCUUCUUGUUGAGUGGAGUAGUUCUAGUGUACGUUUAUAUGAAAACUCCAAUUACCGGGAAUAUUAUAUUGAAGACUCUAUUAAUGUACCUUCAUAGAUACAUCAGAUUAACACCAUCUUUGACGGCAAUUCUCAUAGUUCAUACCACGUUUUUGAAACAUAUGGGCUCUGGGCCGUUUUGGCCUCGGAUUUAUACUUNNNNCUCAGACUCAAUCAUGUUAGAUCUCUCUUGCCUAGGGCAAAGUUGGUAUCUAUCCGUCGACAUGCAACUAUUUCUACUAUCACCUAUAAUUCUGAUUCCAAUGAAGAGACAUCCAAAACCAACUGUGGCAACUUUAGUAGGCUUAAUAGGAAUAAGCAUGGCUGGAAUAUUUUAUAUAAGUUACCACUAUAAUCUGCGUGCUUUGGACUUGAGCGGAAUUGGUGAUAUUUUGACCAAAUAUUACGUCACGACACAUACCAGAGCUCCACCAUACCUGAUCGGAAUGUUGCUUGGAUAUUACAUUUACAAAUGCAAAUUCGUUUACUCGUCAUUUAAAAUAAAUAGGACACUAAACAUAAUCCUCUGGGUUGCCUCACUGACAGUGCUGUGUCUCUGCACGUUCUUAGGAUCGGAUUUAUUGAAUGCCGAGGUGUACGACAAGAACGUGCACUCUGCUUACCUGACGUUCCAUAGGCCCUCUUGGGCUUUGGCCCUAUCUUGGAUCAUAUUUGCAUGCGUAACAGGUUACGGGGGCCCUGUGAAUACAUUCUUAUCCAUGCCGAUCUUCCAAAUCUUAAGCAGACUCACCUACAGCAUGUAUUUAGUGCAUUACACUUACAUAACGGUUGUAGUGUUAUCACAAAGAUCACCAACACGCGUUUCACAUAGUCUUGUGAUGACUGAAUUCUGGUCCAAUUACUCAAUCACACUAUGCUUAGCUACAAUUCUGACUUUGUCCUUUGAGUCUCCUAUUAUUACAUUAGAAAAAUGCAUUAAGAAAAUGAUUUCAGGAAAAUUGGAGACAAAAAGUACAGAAACUAUCACGGAAACAUUAACAGUGGUGCUUCAGAAGGUGCAACCGGUAUCCGAAGAGGUGUCUCAAAUAGCCAAGCAUCCCUGACGUUUUGCAAUGUAUAGUUUUUUAUAAAAUAAUAAAUUAU